UUUAGUUUUACUCCUUGAACGGUACCUGUACUAAUACUCAUCGGCACCAGCAAAAAGCAAGAAACAGGAACUAUGAAACAAAAUAUUUUAUUUUUUUUUAUACAACUGUUACACACAACUAGAUUGGGAUCUUCUGACAAUUCAAAACAGCUAUUAAGUUCUCCAGUCGGUCCUUACCAUUUGGUCGUCAAACAAAUUUAUAAUUGCAAUCCUACGAAGAACAAUUUAAUCCAGCAUAACUUAUAUGUAAGUCACAAGGGCAAUUCAACGUUACUCCUUGGAAAUUCUACUCUGGAAGUACCUAUUGACGACACUUUUUUCUUGGAAUUUAAAAUGGCUAUCAAAACUUCACCUGGAAAUUGGAAAGAAAAUGUAUUUUCACAUAAAGUACCAAACGCUUGCUCAUCGGCAAAAAAAUUAAUGGGAAAAGCUUGGACCGGGUUUAUUAAUAGCCUUGGAAGUCAAAUUACAGAAUGUCCUAUACCUGCGGGUAUUUAUAUAGCUCCGGGGCUUAAUACCUCGUUUGUUAAGGACACAAACUUGCCAAAAACGUUUAUUUACGGAACAUACAAAUUGUAUAUGUAUUACAGUCGAAAAAAUGAAAAAUUCGGCUGCCAACUUUUCAUUAUAGAAUUAAAUCGACCUUGAACUGUAUUGUAUAUUAACUACGAAUUUGAGGAUGUAUUUGAUAUAUGAGUAAUUAACCAGAAAAAUAUUAUUUUGUUAUUUUUUUUCAAAAAUUCUUUAAGAAUAACUUAAUUACUUACCGGUAAAAUCAUGGUGCACAAAGUUAUGUUUAGUAAUUAGUGCAAGGUGUAUAAUUGUACUUAUCCACCUUGAUUUAGUGAGUAGUUAUUUAAAGUUUAAUAAAAUUGCUAAAAUGAGCGAAUCUAUAAAAAA